AUGCCUUCACGCACCAAGACAUCAUGGUAUUUCCAAACCGCGGAUUGGUCGCUCCCGCUCGUGUCUGGGCGAUGCCAACACGAGACACGCAAGGGGACGCGGUGUAAAAAGAGAGUCUCGUUCGGGUACCCGCUGCGUUCGGUGCACAACAAACUAAAGUACGAAGUCCAAAUCAAGCCGUCGACAAUCCCUGGAGCGGGCGAAGGGCUGUUCGCCACAAGAAGCAUCCCCAAAGGAUCGUGGCUGUGCCCGUACGUGGGCGAAGAAACCACCAUGAGCUGCAUACACAAACGAUACCCGGGAACAAUGACAGCACCCUACACGAUGCAAUUGCCGGGCGGCCUCGCGGUGGACUCCGCUUUGGUGAGAGGCAUCGGUUCGCUGGCUAGCGGCAAGUUCAACGCCGACGGAACAGUCUCGAGUCUUGACCGGCACAACUGCGUGGCGAGAGUCCGCCCCGUCGGCGACGGCAUCCCCGGGCCGUGGCUGAAAACCACUAAACACAGAAGACCCGGUGACGAGAUACAAAGACGCCGCAAAAUUGACACGUCCUCUCUCUUCUACACACUGACCAAGCGCUGUAUUCAAGAGAGAGGGGUCGGUCACAUUCUGAGGACGGAUGAUGAGCAGUACUCUUCGCAGGCAGUUCACUCAGCAAGGAAGAAACUUCCUGCCGGUGCCUUCAAAGAGCCCGUUCCACGUCCUGCCACACGACCACUCGUCAUGCUAUCUUCGAUGGUGGACACUAAACUUUUCAAUGAACGGAAAGCAGACGUAUCAAUGCUCCGAAGUGUGCACCAAGGUGACACUCUGGUAUUUGACAAAGAAUACUACUCCAGAGGUUUACUACGUAAUGUUCACGAUUCGAAAGCUUUUUUUUGGUGUGUGGAGACUAAAAAUAAACGCGUUCAAGGGUACCAGGUCUUUCUUCAACUCUUGGAGAACGGAAGCAACGUGCAUCAUUUCUGGAGUAAAGGCCCGGCUCGUAAAGUGCUUUAUCUGUCUAACGAACGACCACUCACUGUCUCGAGCAGAUGUCAAGUCGAUGUAUGCUUCGAGGUGGAAGGAUCUCAAGCUAGAGAAAGCCCAUGCUAGAACCCCGGCACUUUAUACUCCGGAAGUGGAGGCGAGAGUAUUUCUGGACACAAUUACGCUGAGGCUCCAAACGAAGAACAAAGAACCAUCUUACAUUUACACGCUGGACACAUAUGUAACGCAUAUCCGGCGGAACAUCAAAAACGUUUCAAGGCACAUGAGACCUAACCUGACUUCGGAACCAAACAAGAAUUGUCAAAAGCAACUACGAUACCCCACACGGAUAAAAUCCUGGCCGUGCCCCC